AUGGCGGGACUGAACGCGACGCUCGCUGGCGUCUUCACCAACCCGGAUACCUUCUCCAGUGUCUUCGAGGAGGUUACCAAGCACAAUGUUCAGCUCAACGUCGUCGAGCGCCUCUGGGCUGCUUGGUACCUCUGGAUGCAGAAUGACACGCUCGCGACCGGCAUCAUGAGCUUCGUCAUGCACGAGGUCAUCUACUUCGGCCGCUCUCUUCCUUGGAUGAUCAUCGACAGCAUUCCUUACUUCAGGAAAUACAAGCUGCAAAACCAGAAGAUUCCCACCCUGAAGGAGCAAUGGGACUGCGCCAGCCUUGUGCUGCUCAGUCACUUCACCGUCGAGCUGCCCCAGAUCUGGCUCUUCCACCCCAUCGCCACCUACUUCGGCAUGGACUAUGGUGUGCCGUUCCCUCCUCUCUGGAAGAUGGCUCUUCAUAUUUCCAUCUUUUUCGUCCUCGAGGAUACCUGGCACUACUGGUUCCACCGCGCUCUGCACUAUGGCCCUCUCUACAAGAUGAUCCACAAGCUGCACCACACCUACUCUGCUCCCUUUGGUCUUGCCGCCGAGUAUGCCUCGCCCAUUGAGGUUAUGCUGCUCGCCAUGGGCACGGUAGGAUCUCCCAUCCUCUGGGUCUCUCUUACCGGUGAUCUGCACCUCUUCACCAUGUACAUGUGGAUCGUUGGUCGUCUGUUCCAGGCCAUCGACUCUCACAGUGGCUACGAUUUCCCGUGGAGCUUGCACAACUUCCUGCCUUUCUGGGCUGGCGCGCACCACCACGACGUUCACCACGAGCGCUUCAUUGGCAACUAUUCCUCCAGCUUCAGAUGGUGGGAUUACAUGCUUGACACCGAGUCUGGUCCUGAGGCUGCCAAGCGCCGCCGCGAGAGGAAGCUGGCUGCUCUCAAGGCCAAGAAGGCCAACUAA